AUGAGUUCAUAUUUUGUGAAUCCCCUCUUCUCCAAGUACAAGACGGGAGAGUCUCUGGACCCGACGUCUUACUACGACUGCCGGUUUCCGCAAGGGAUGGGAAGGAACCCGGCGCUGGUGUACGGCGCUUCCGGAGCCACCGGCGGCGGUUACCAGCACCCGUCUCCCCACGUCCAGGAUUUCUUCCAACAUGGUGCCUCUACCCUCUCAGCCUCGGGGUACCAACAGGUCCCGUGCGGCUUAACGUGUCACGGCGAGCCCUCCAAAUUCUACGGAUACGACUCUCUGCCUCGCCAGCCGCUCUACGCCGCGGCGCAGCAAGAUGGCUCGAUGGUGCCCUACCAGGAGUGCAAGGCGUCGACGGCCGAGACCCAAGGAACCCUGAGUCAAAACUCGCCCGCCAAUCUCAUGUUCCCCUGGAUGAGACCUCAUGCUCCCGGGCGCCGCAGCGGGCGCCAGACUUACAGCCGCUUCCAGACGCUUGAGUUGGAGAAGGAGUUUCUGUUCAACCCUUACCUCACGAGGAAGCGGAGGAUCGAGGUCUCCCACGCCCUGGGCCUGAGCGAGCGGCAGGUGAAAAUCUGGUUCCAGAACCGUCGCAUGAAAUGGAAGAAGGAGAAUAAUAAAGGGAAAUUCCCCAGCGCCCGCGACGAAGAGAAGGGCAGCGAAGCGGCGGCCGAGCGAGACGAGGAAGAGGGAGAGGAGCAGGACAAGGGAGACGAGGCGGACGAGAAAGAGCUCUCGAAAUAGCCGUGUCCUCCGCGGCGUCUGGCGCACGGUGCCGGGGAGCAGACAGAGAAAAAAAAAACGGGGGAGGGCUGGUGUGUGAAUUUAGGUUCAAUCACAGAGCCAAUCAUUGUUUAAAUCAUACGUGAAUUAUCAUGACCUUCCUCUGCACAAGUGUACAUAUAUAUCAUAUGUAUUUAUCUGUCGUUUUUUUUUCGGUAACGAUUUCUCGGUCUAAUUUAUCGUUGU